CCCCGCAGGAGCCCCGCAGGAGCCCCGCAGCCGACAUGCCCAACCCCAAAGCCGGCAAAGGCGGCCGCAAAAACAAGCGCGCCAACAGCAGCGGGGACGAGCAGGAAAAUGGAGCCGGGGCCGGGGCCGGGGGAGCGGCGGGCGCCGGGGGAUCGGUGCCCAACGCCAACGCCCCCAGCAGCGACACCAAGAGCGAAGCUCCUUGCGCCACGCCGUUGAUUUGCAGCUUCGGAAGGCCGGUAGAUCUCGAAAAGGACGACUACCAGAAGGUGGUGUGCAACAACGAGCACUGCCCCUAUAGCAACUGGAUGCACCUCCAGUGUUUUUACGAGUGGGAGAGCAGCAUCCUCGUCCAGUUCAACUGCAUCGGCCGAGCCCGGAGCUGGAACGAAAAGCAGUGCCGCCAAAACAUGUGGACCAAGAAGGGCUACGACCUGGCCUUCCGCUUCUGCUCCUGCCGUUGCGGGCAGGGUCACCUGAAGAAAGACACGGACUGGUACCAAGUGAAGCGCAUGCACGAUGAGAAGAAGAAGAAGGCCGUGACGGAAAAAAGCAUGGGCAGGGCCGGGGCGGAGGUGGCCGAGGAGGUGAAAAAGUGUAGGCCUCUCAACAAGCCACAGAAGGGUUUGAACCAUGACCUUCAGCGGAGGCACUCGAUGGACAGACAGAACUCCCAGGAGAAAGGCAUCAAUGCCAGCGGCUACGGAGUGCGAUCCCCCUGCGGCUCCCCCGGCCAAUCCCCUCCGACGGGCUACGCUAUCCUCUCCCCUGCUCAUUUCAGUGGCCCCCGCUCUUCCCGAUACCUGGGGGAGUUUUUAAAGAAUGCCAUUCACCUCGAGCCUCACAAGAAAAACAUUGCCGCUGGUGGCGGCAUGUUCCGGAACGCCCACUUUGAUUACGGGGCGGCUGGGUUACAGGCCCACAGGGCUGGACACUUUGACGCUCCAGUGCAGUUCCUGAGGAGGCUCGACCUGUCCGAGCUGCUCGCCCACAUCCCCCGGCAUAAACUGAACACUUUCCACGUCCGGAUGGAAGACGAUGCUCACGUGGGCCAGGGGGAGGAUCUCCGCAAGUUCAUCCUCGCCGCCCUUAGUGCCAGCCACAGGAACGUGGUAAACUGUGCCCUUUGUCACCGGACCCUCCCGGUGUUCGAACAGUUUCCCCUGGUGGAUGGAACUCUUUUUCUGAGCCCAUCGAGACACGAUGAGAUUGAAUACGAUGUUCCUUGUCACCUUCAAGGGAGACUCAUGCAUCUGUAUGCUGUGUGCGUGGAUUGCUUAGAAGGGGUUCAUAAAAUAAUCUGCAUUAAGUGUAAGUCACGAUGGGAUGGAAGUUGGCACCAACUGGGCACCAUGUACACCUAUGAUAUUCUGGCAGCCUCUCCAUGUUGUCAGGCUCGACUGAACUGUAAGCACUGUGGAAAACCAGUAAUCGACGUGCGGAUUGGAAUGCAGUAUUUCUCAGAGUACAGCAAUGUCCAGCAGUGCCCACACUGUGGGAACCUAGACUACCACUUUGUGAAGCCAUUUUCUUCUUUUAAAGUUCUGGAGGCUUAUUGACAAAAACUUUGCUUUA